AAAUAAAACAUCUCAAUCCAAAACCAACAAGAAUACAAAAAAAAAAAAAAACAAAUUCUCAAAAUGUUCAAGCAAUCACCAUCCUCCCUUUUUCUCACAAUUCUAUUUUUAGCCAUCAAAUUUGCAGCAUUUGUAGCUGCAAUUGAUACUGUAACACCACAAGAACCAAUCUUGGAAUUGUACAUGCAUGAUAUUCUGGGAGGAAAUAAUCCAACAGCUAGGCCAAUAACUGGUUUAUUAGGCAAUAUUUAUAGUGGACAAGUUCCAUUUGCUACACCACUUGGUUUUCAACCACCAAAAGAUGGUGUAGCAAUUCCAAAUGCUAAUGGUGCUAUGCCAACAUUCAAUAUCAAUGGUGUUCCAUUAGGGACAGGAUUAGCAGGUACACUAUUUGCUGGUGGAAAUAACAACAAUGCACAAGCUGUGAAUACUCAAUUAGGCCCUGAUGGCUUAGGACUUGGCUUCGGAACGAUCACUGUUAUCGAUGACUUCUUGACUUCAUCCCCUGAUUUAGGUACCCAAAAUCUUGGAAAAGCACAAGGAGUAUAUGUUGCAAGUUCAGCAGAUGGAAGUACUCAAAUGAUGGCAUUUACAGCUAUGUUUGAAGGAGGAGAAUAUGGUGAUAGUCUUAACUUUUUUGGAGUUUUUAGAAUUGGAAGUACAAUGUCAAGGCUUUCAGUUACAGGAGGAACUGGUAAAUUCAAGAAUGCAUGUGGAUUUGCUGAAGUUCGUUCACUUAUACCAGCUGGUCAACAUGUUACUGAUGGUGCUGAGACAUUGUUGAGGAUCACUGUUCAUCUUACUUACUGAAAGUCUAAUUCUGUGCGUAUUACUUAGAAGGGGAAAAAGACAAGAGUUUGUUUUAAUUUCUGAAUUGUUUUUAUGUGAUGACUAUUUAUAUCAGCUUUGGUUUGUGUUUCAUAUCUUUCUUAUUGUGGCAGUGAAUAUAAACAGAUAUCUUUUGGUGUUCCUUAA